UUGCCCAGUUGCCGCACAGUGAAGAAGACCGCGGAGCAUACGAAUCCGAAGCCGAGCUCGAAACAAAACAAAUAUACCUAAACUGGUCGGGAAUCGAUUCAUAAACAAAUCAAAACCUCAAAACAAUACAGCAAGCGAAUUUUGCGUGCGCCGAUGCGAGUGAAAUAAAAUGUGGAAGUUUCUGCUGAUUUGUGUGGUGAUGAGUGUUUUGAAUGGAGAGUCAUCUGGCGCCAAUAAUAGGCAGCGUUCCCGUCCACGUCGCGCCUAUGCCGGAGGCUACGCAGGAGGAUAUGCCAGCAGCGGCGGAGGAACUGGUGGUUAUACGGGCACCUACAACAGCGGCGGUGGCGGUGGCUACUACGACUAUGAUGACUAUGAUGGCAACUCACCCAACUUUGGCAUCAUCGAUCCGUACCUCUUCCAUCAGCAGCUGACCAACCAUAUUCUGGCCCAGAAUUACGCCAACCAACAAGCUGUAACGGGUCUGGCCACGGCUGGCAAUGCUUUUGCAUCGGCAGAUGCUUCUCUAGUCGACGACAACGACAUUCGCAUCCAGCAGCAGAUUGCCGCCCAGCAGGCCUAUCAUGAUAAUCUAGUGCGCCAGAAUCGGUAUCGCGGAGGCUCAGGUGGAUCAUCCUACAACUCCCAUCGCUAUGCUCCCAGCUAUGCCGUUGCUUCCGGAUCCAUCGGACCCAAUGGACACCGCCAGACGGCCUAUAUUAACCCAGCCAAUCCGGCCUCUCCCAAUAUUGUAAACCGCUUUGGCGGCGGCAGCAGCGGUGGCGGCGGCUCCUCGUACUCCAGCUCCAGUAGCUCUGGAGGCGGCAGCGGAGGUGGCGGCGGCUACAAGGGCGUCUCGGUCUCAUCCUACAGCCACAGCAACGGGGACGGAACCAGCCGACGUGGCGCCCAGACCACGGUCAACGACAACGGAAAGGUUACCUCGUAUUCGGUGCACUCCUAGGUGAAUCGCUGGAUACACUGAUACUUUUAUUUCGGAAUGGCAAAAGGCUGACCGAGCCCAUUUAAUUUUGUAUAAAAUAAAUAUAUAAACAUAUGUGUAUUUUAUUAUAA